CUCUGAGCGUAUCUGGACUCUGAUUCAGCCGUUUAGCACCAGCGACAGUCGUCUGGGACUCAGCCAUGGCAGCAGCAAGAGAACGUACAGAUCUACAGCCUACAGAACCUCUCAACAUGAAUCAUUAUGCCACUAAGAAGAGUGUGGCAGAGAGCCUGCUGGAUGUGGCGCUGCUGAUGGCAAAUGCCUCUCAGCUGAAAGCUGUCCUGGAGCAGGGCCCCGAGUUCAAGUACUACUUCACUGUCAUCGUCCUCAUCGCCGCGUCUCUCUUCUUCCAAGUGCUCGUAGGGGCUCUCUUUGUCCACAUGGCACGCAAAAACCUCAAUGACGUGGCCAAUCAGAGGAAGCUGGACAUAAUAAACAAUGUGGCCACUGUGCUGGUGUUCCUCACCGUCAUCAUCAACAUCUUCAUCACCGCUUUUGGAGUGCAGAAGACAGGUCUCUAUCCUAAGCAGUAAACUGUCUGUAAGAUACAGGGUCUCAGUAAUGGUCAUUCUUCAGGCCGGUCCAAUCAUGAAAGACUUCCUUCUGGCUUUGAUAUUUGUUAUACUAUAGAAGACACAGUUAUUUUAUGGUCUUUUUAAAAAUUCAUUUAUUUCUACAGAGGGCAUUAUAUUAAAGGGUCUACAACAUACAUUUAUCAUAGACUGUCUAAUGAUUUAUAUUACCUAGAGGCAAAACUAUAAUCAAAUAACACAAAU